AUGGGCGGCAGUGAGGAAGGCUCUAUCACUGCCAACGAGCUCUCCAUCCGGGAUGAGCAUGUAGAUCCUGAGGAAUGGGAUCUGAAACCCAGGGUCGUCGCUAAUAGAGACCGAGAUCGAGCUUCAGGAUUUCCUCCACGCGAAUUGGGCGUUACAUGGCAAAAUCUAACCGUCGAAGCUGUCACUGUCGAUGCAGCCAUCCACGAAAAUGUCGUCUCACAGUUCAACAUUCCCAAGCUCAUCCGGGAGUCUCGCCACAAGCCACCCUUAAGGAAGAUCCUAGACUCAAGCCAUGGUUGUGUUAAGCCCGGCGAGAUGUUGCUGGUGUUGGGCCGACCUGGUUCUGGCUGCACCACCCUGCUCAAUGUUCUAGCGAACAAGCGUAGGGGCUACGCCGGCGUCUCUGGUGAUGUCCACUACGGCAGCAUGCCAGCCGAUCAGGCGAAAAACUACAGAGGGCAGAUUGUCAUGAACACAGAGGAAGAACUCUUCUUCCCAACUCUGACUGUUCAGCAGACUAUGGACUUUGCAACUCGACUGAAGGUGCCGUUCCAUCUUCCACAGGGAGUCGACAACCAUGAGGACCACCGUAAGGAGUCCCUCGAGUUCCUUCUGAAGUCCAUGGGCAUCGAACAUACCGAAGACACCAAGGUUGGCGAUGCAUUCGUCCGUGGUGUCUCUGGUGGAGAGCGAAAACGAGUUUCUAUCAUCGAGUGCUUGGCUUCCAGGGGUAGCGUUUUCUGCUGGGAUAAUUCGACAAGAGGUCUUGAUGCCAGCACGGCCCUGGAGUAUGCUAAGGCUAUGAGAGCCAUGACUGAUGUUCUAGGUCUCGCUUCAAUUGUCACCCUCUACCAAGCUGGCAAUGGCAUCUACAAUCUGUUCGACAAGGUCCUCGUUCUUGACCACGGAAAAGAGAUAUAUUAUGGCCCAAUGAAGGAAGCUAGACCUUUCAUGGAGGAUCUUGGUUUCAUCUGCAGCCCAGGAGCCAACGUUGCCGACUUUCUCACCGGCGUUACUGUACCUACGGAACGCAGAGUCAGCCCCGAGUUUAGCAAAAACUUCCCGCGCACUGCUGAUGCCAUCCGUGAGAAAUACACGGAGUCGUCAAUUCAUGAGAAGAUGGCCAUAGAGUAUAACUACCCAUCCACGCCAGAGGCAGAGCAGAAUACCAAGCUGUUCAAGGAGGGUGUCGUUAAGGAGAAGUAUAAGAGACUUCCCGCAAGCAGCGCAAUGACUGUCGGAUUCUUUGCACAAGUCACAGCCUGCGUCAUCCGCCAAUACCAGCUCAUCUUCGGUGACAAGGCCACCUUCAUACUCAAACAGGGCCUGACGAUUGUUCAGGCUCUGAUCGCGGGGUCUCUUUUCUACAAUGCUCCUAAUACAUCUGGCGGACUCUUCAUGAAAUCCGGUGCUCUGUUCUUCUCUCUCCUUCACAACAGUCUCAUGUCCAUGUCGGAAGUUACCGACUCCUUCACUGGUCGGCCUGUUCUUUUGAAGCACAAGUCUUUCGCCUACUUCCACCCCUCAGCCUUCUGUAUCGCCCAAUUUGCCGCCGACAUACCUGUUGUUUUUGUGCAAGUGUCAACUUUCUCGUUAAUCUUGUACUUCAUGGUUGGGUUGAAGACGACCGCUGCGGCUUUCUUCACGUACUGGGUUAUUCUAUUCGCCACGACACUGUGUAUCACUUCCAUGUUCAGAGCAAUCGGCGCAUCCUUCAGCACCUUUGAUGGUGCUUCCAAGGUCUCCGGUCUCAUCAUUUCAGCCACUAUCAUGUACACGGGCUUCAUGAUCCAGAAGCCACAGAUGCACCCAUGGUUUGUGUGGCUGUUUUGGAUCGACCCUCUGGCAUAUGCCUUUGAUGCUCUCCUAUCCAAUGAGUUCCACGACACGAUUAUUCCCUGCGUUGGCAAUAACCUCAUCCCGAACGGCCCUUCAUUUACCGACGCAGCUCACCAGAGUUGCGCCGGAGUAGGCGGCGCUGUGUCUGGCCAAACCUUUGUUACUGGAGACGCCUAUCUUAGCUCCCUCUCAUACGCGCACUCUCAUGUCUGGAGGAACUUUGGCAUCAUUUGGGCCUGGUGGGCUCUAUUCAUGGCUAUUACAGUAUGGUCUACCUGCCGGUGGAAGUCAUCUUCUGAGAACGGCCCCAGUCUGUUGAUCCCCCGCGAGAAUGCCCAUCUACAUUCCGCAACUUCUAGUGAUGUAGAAGCUCAAGCGUCGGACAAUCAGGAAACCGAUGAGCCUUCUGCGGGUAGCUCCGGUGAGGAUGUACCAGCCCAGGGAAACCUAGUACGAAACACCUCCGUCUUCACUUGGAAGAAUCUGUCUUACACAGUCAAGACACCUCAUGGUGACCGUGUCUUGCUGGAUAAUGUUAAAGGAUGGGUCAAGCCAGGAAUGUUGGGCGCCUUGAUGGGCUCUUCUGGUGCUGGAAAGACAACCUUGCUCGAUGUGCUCGCCCAGAGGAAGACCGAAGGCACCAUUCGCGGUUCCAUUCUUGUUGAUGGCCGACCCUUGCCAGUAUCCUUCCAACGAUCCGCAGGUUACUGUGAGCAGCUUGAUGUUCAUGAGCCGUACACUACCGUCCGAGAAGCCCUUGAAUUUUCCGCCCUCCUGCGACAGAGCCGAGAAACCCCCCGUGCAGAAAAGAUCGCAUACGUUAACACCAUCAUUGACCUUCUUGAACUCCACGAUCUCGCCGACACCCUGAUUGGAGAGGUCGGUGCAGGCCUCAGCGUUGAACAGCGAAAGCGAGUCACUAUCGGUGUUGAGCUCGUAGCCAAGCCUAGCCUCUUGAUUUUCCUCGACGAGCCCACUUCUGGUCUGGACGGUCAGUCCGCUUUCAAUACAGUUCGGUUCUUGAAGAAGCUAGCUGCCGCCGGUCAGGCCGUUCUCGUGACGGUUCACCAGCCUUCCGCGCAACUCUUCUCGCAAUUCGAUACACUUCUUCUACUUGCAAAGGGAGGCAAGACUGUCUAUUUCGGCGACAUUGGCGAGGAAGCUCAGACAGUUAGAGAGUACUUUGGCCGCUACGGCGCCCCUUGCCCACCUCAUGUGAAUCCCGCAGAGCAUAUGAUUGAUGUCGUUUCCGGCCACUUAUCGCAAGGCAAAGACUGGAACAGUGUCUGGAUGUCAUCGCCUGAGCAUGAUGCUGUUCUCAAAGAGGUCGACCGGAUCGUUGAUGAAGCCGCAGCUAAGCCCCCUGGUACUGUGGAUGAUGGUUACGAGUUUGCUAUGCCCCUGUGGGAGCAGGUCAAGAUCGUUACUCAUCGAACCAACGUCUCGCUGUAUCGCAACGUCGACUACAUCAACAAUAAGUUCGCGCUUCACAUCUCUUCGGCUUUGUUUAACGGAUUUUCGUUCUGGAUGAUUGGAGACUCCGUUGGAGAUCUUCAGCUUAAACUUUUUACGAUUUUCAACUUCAUCUUCGUAGCCCCUGGAGUGCUGAAUCAAUUGCAGCCCCUCUUCAUCAGACGUCGCGAUAUCUUCGAAACCCGAGAGAAAAAGUCCAAGAUGUACUCUUGGGUUGCCUUCGUCACCGGAUUGAUCGUGUCAGAGAUUCCGUACCUUCUCAUCUGCGGCGUGCUCUACUUCGUCUGCUGGUACUACACAGUCGGCUUCCCAUCGGAUUCGAACCGCUCCGGCGCAACGCUAUUUGUCAUGCUCAUGUAUGAGUUCCUGUACACAGGUAUCGGUCAAUUCAUCGCGGCGUAUGCGCCAAACGAGAUCUUCGCUUCUCUGGUCAACCCUCUCCUCAUCGGAGCUCUCGUCUCUUUCUGCGGAGUGCUGGUCCCCUAUGGUCAAAUUCAGCCUUUCUGGCGCUACUGGAUGUACUAUUUGAAUCCCUUCAACUACCUGAUGGGAAGCAUGUUGGUCUUCGAUGUAUGGGGAGCCGACGUGAAGUGCUCGUCCAGCGAAUUUGCCACGUUCGACCCCCCGAACGGCACCACGUGUGCGGCAUACCUCGUCGACUACCUCAAGUCCGAGCUGGGAGCCGUAAGCCACCUUGCUAAUCCCGAGGCGACGACCGGAUGCCAGGUGUGCUCAUACACCAAGGGAGAGGACUACUUGUACUCCCUCAACCUGAAGGAGUACUACUACGGAUGGAGAGACGCCGGGAUUGUGACUCUCCUAGUCUUCAGCUCGUAUGCCCUGGUAUACCUGCUCAUGAAGCUUCGCACCAAGACCUCCAAGACGGCGGAGUAA